AUGGCCACUCUUAGCCUCCAGGGACUUUGUCUCCUGCUUCUGCUGACCUUGGAAAUCCUGGCUCUAGACUGCAACAAAACUGCAGAGAACCAAUUGCGAGUGAACAACCCAGAGGUCCGAAAGCGCAUGGAAGCCAUAGGAGGACAGCAGCUUCCUCAAGAGUGCCUGUACAAAAGACCAACCUUUAGCUUUCCUGAGGAAAAAAUCCUCAGAGCCAGCAAAGAGGGUAAAAGUGUGGCUGUGAAGAUGAUCCUUGAAAAGAUCCUGAAGAUCUUUGAGCACAACUUCACUCAAGCUGGAUGGGAUCCAAGAACCGUAGCACUUUUGCAAAAUGCCCUUUACCAGCAAAGUAAUCAGUGGAAGAACUGUUCUACUACAGAGACUGGGGAGGUGGCAACACUGAAAGAGCGAGAUUUAAACCUGAAUCUGCUAAGAUACUUCAGACAAAUCCAAACAUUCCUGGAGGGCCAGCAGUACUGCCUUUGUGCCUGGAGUGUUGUGCGACUGGAAAUAUGGAAGCUCUUCUUUGUCAGUCUCGAUAAACUUUUGAACAGGUUUUAA